AUGGAUCCAUAUAUGCAAUAUAGAUUGGCUAGACAAGACGAAGAUAAUGCUAGACCAUUUGUAGAUUUGUUGACAAAUAAUACUAGUAAAAAGAAAACUCGAGGUCCUACACAAAUGCGUGAUAUUUGGGGUAAUCAUGAUGGUAAAAAGAUACAAAUUACAUGUAACAAUUUUGGGCAGCCACAUGAUGAAAAUGCAAACAAACUUACAAGCUUUAUUGGAACAUUAGUACGAGAUGGAAAAAAUGCUCCAAUUAACUACAAGAAUUGGCAUAAGGUACCUGAUAAGUACAAAGAUGGAAUGUGGAAAAUCAUACAGGAAAAAUUUCACAUUCCUCCUCUUGUGAAGAAUUGGACUAUGAGGACUUGUGGUGUGAUAAAAACAAGACUAGUCGUGGAGAAAAAAAAAUACAACCAUACAACUGGCACAAAGAGUUUUGCACAAAUUAGAGCAUUACAGAAGGAGGAUGGUGAAAGUACACCCACACGUGCAUCUAUGUUUAAAAUUUGUUACACAAAGAAGGAUAAGAGUGUUGUUGAUGAAAACACAAAAGAAGCAAUGUUACGAUUACAAGAGAAAGAAGAAUUGAAUGAAGAUGCUUCAAAAGAAAAGAGUAUGAAUGACACUUUUUUUGAAGUUAUGGGUAAAGAAAAACAUGGAUCAAUUCGCAUGUAUGGAUUUGGUGUUUGUCUAUCUGAUGUGUGGGAAAACAAAUCCACUUGGAGGCGAAAUCAAAAGGAGUAUGUAGAUGCCCUGAAAUCUAAAAUAAAUGAGUUAGCAUCUCAAGUUCAAACUCUUUCGAGCAAACAAAACAAUGUCAAUGACAUAUCUAUUGUACAAGUUGAUGUCGGAGAAGUGGUUAAUCUGAAGAGUGUCACUAAUGAUCCUCAAACAAUUGCUAUCAGUCUAGUUUGUAGUAAGGAUCCAUCAAAAGAAGUUGGAGGGAAAGAGCUCGGAGAUUUCUUUUCUGAAGUUAUUGUUCAAGUUCCUAUCCAACCUAACGAGCAAUUAAUUGGAGCAUAUGGAUGUUUUAAGACAAUUAGUGAAGUUGUUGAAGCACCUAUUGCAUGGCCGACGGUAUUUGUGAAUUCACGAGAAUCAGAUACACAACUCCAUGACUCAAUGAUGUGA